CGAUAGUUUAAGCAGCUGAGACAUAAGGAGCGGAGCCGAGACUUGACAUGUCAACAAAACAGAUAAAUUAUCAGCACACAGGUAUGUAAGGAGAAUAUCCUGACAGGUAAUCUCACCUGCCUCUCCACUUCACUGUCAUCCUGACCUGCUGUCUCCAUGACAACCCCUCCAUUGGUGUCACCCUUUGGGGGGCAGCCGCCUCCACCUCAGCAGCAACAGCAGCCACAAGCUCAAGCAGCUCGAGACGUCAACACAGCGUCCCUAUGUCGCAUCGGCCAGGAGACAGUCCAAGACAUUGUCCUCAGGACCAUGGAGAUCUUCCAGCUCCUCAGGAACAUGCAGUUGCCCAAUGGAGUCACCUACCAUCCCAACACCCAUCAGGACCGGCUUGGAAAACUUCAGGAGCAUCUACGCAUGCUUUCCGUGCUCUUCCGCAAACUGCGCCUUGUGUACGACAAAUGCAACGAAAACUGUGCUGGGCUGGAUCCCAUACCUCCAGAGCAACUGAUACCCUUUGUGGAGGAUGACAGCUCUAAACUCGAAGAUCGCUCAGCCAGCCAGAGCCGCCCUGCCACCGAGGAGAGGCGAGAAAUCCUGGAGGUCAACAAGAAGAUUGAUGCAUAAGAAUCAGAGCU